GCAAAUUGCAAUUCACUCAAAUCCCACAAAACAACCAACCAAGAGCCCCAAAUUCAACAACUUCUCUUACAAACCCUCAAUUCACACACCACAAAAACUUUCCGAUCAUCCUCCACCACCAUGUGCUACGGCUCCCAACGCCUACCACCGUUCCACGACGACAACAACACAACCAGGUCUCCGCCGCUGACCGACGUCAACACAGAGGCCGUCGAAAACCUCCGAUUACGGCUAGCGGAAACGGAAGCACGGCUUCAACGAGCUAGGGCACGAGAAGCGGAGCUCAGCAAAAAGCUUGUUGAGAUGAAACGGUUCGUAUCGGUCAUGGAGAUUCUUGAAAGUUAUCUUAAAAGAAGGUUUGUUGAUCAACAACAACAGCUUGCUCAUCUUGUUGUUCAAUCUUCGGUACCGAAAUAAUGUUUUUUGGUUUGAAUAAGAUGCAGGUGUUUGUGGCUUUUAAGUUUUGGAUGUUUGGUUUGGAAUUUAGAUAUAUGAUUCAUGUUUGUGUAUCUGUGUAUAAUAAUAAUAAUAAUAAUAAUAAUAAUAAUAAUAAUAAUAAUAAUAGAUGAAUUUGUGAU